GCUAAGUAGAGUUUCAGAGAAGAUGGAGAAACCAACAUUUCAGCAAAAAUUGAAAUCUUUAGGAUUAUUUCUCUGGAAUGGGGAGACAAAGGAAUUUUUAGGCAGGGGUGGAAGAAGCUGGGUUGAAAUUGGUAUUUUCUACCUGGUAUUUUAUUCCUGCCUGGCUGGAUUUUUUAUUGCUACUAUUGCUGUUUUCUAUGAGACCAUUGAUGCAGACCAGCCCAAAUUACAGGGAGAUAGCAGCUUGUUAAAAGGAAAUCCUGGUUUGGGAUAUCAACCUAUGCCAGAUAUUCAAACUACACUUAUAUAUUCAGAGAACAAUGUUAAUGAUAGUAAAGAAUAUGUUAAAAGCAUCAAUAAAGUUCUAGCUGAGUACAGACAAACAGAUUUAAACAAUGUGGACUGUAGUGGUAUAGACAAACCUAGACUUGAUGAGCAGGUAGCUUGCCGAUUCAACUAUUCUGCUCUCACAGAACAAUGCAAUGAGAAAAAUGGUUAUGGAAUGCUUGAGGGGAAGCCUUGCAUAUUGUUAAAACUAAACAAGAUCUAUGGGUGGGUACCUGCUGUAUGGAAAGAAGAAGAGGUCAAUGCAGUUGCAAGGGUCCCGGGCAAUGUGAAAUCUGCAUACACACCUGAUCGUAUCUGGGUGGAUUGCCAUGGAGAGAAUGCCCCUGACAAUGAUAACUUAGGUGCUGCUGAAGACAUUAGUUAUUUUCCUGAGCAAGGAUUCCCCCUGGCGUUUUACCCUUACAAAAAUCAAAAAGACUACAGAUCACCCCUUGUUUUUGUCAAGUUCAAUACUGUGGUUCAUCAUGUUGGAAUCAUGGUUGAAUGUGUAGCCCUGGCAAAAAACAUCAAUGUUGACCGUACAGAGAAAGAAGGCAGUGUGCAUUUUGAGUUGCUUGUGGAGUCCUAGUUCUGCUCACUUGAUGGUUGUUUUUGUCUCUAGUCUUUUCUUGAAAAUUUAAAGUACCCUUCUUUGACAGCCUUUUGCCCUUAUGUACUGCCAUUCAUUUUAAAAAAUGGUUUCUUGCAGUUGUUGUCAUUUGCACAUCAGUUUAGUUUUUUUUUUAAAGUAGUAAAUGAAUGAAAUCCUGUGCUAUCUACUUGAAAAAAAUUUGAAGUCUCUUGUUUCUGUUAUUUAGUGUCAGUUUCUUGUUUAAUGAGUAAAUAU